AUGGCCACCCAGGUGAACAUCCCAGCCUUUGAUGUUACUCACCCGCAGCAAUGGGAAACAUGGCUGGAGACCCUGGAGAACCAUUUUGCCUACCAUGACAUCGUGGAUGCCGGAAAAAAGAAGGUCCUGUUUCUCAGCUCUUGCAGCAUGGAAACCUUCGAGCUACUAAAGGACCUCAUCAACCCUAAGACGACCAAAGAGGAAACAUAUGAGGUAUUGGUGAAAUCCCUCUUGGAUCACCUUUCGCCUAAGCCUACCAAAUUUGUGAAGCACCUGGACUUUUUUGCGUGUAUCCAGGGCCCGGACGAGAUGGCAUCGGAGUUCCUGGUGGGACUCCGGAGGGCGGCCACGAGAUGUGCCUUCCCAAAUUUAACGGACACCCUCUUGAACCAAUUCCUCGUGUGUCUCCGCGAACCUAAACUACGGCGGAAACUGGCCAGCCAUGACAACCUCGACAAGGCCCUCAGGGAGUCCGUGGCCUAUGAAAAGGCGCAUCAAGACCGCCGCGGCAAGGUGGUCCAUCGCACCCUAGCAGCCCUCAUGUCCGACGUCUCCAAUGAUGAUGAGGUUCUACAGAGAAUGAGCUGCGGCUAUAUUCUGUGCACCGUCCUGCUGUCUGUGGCCGUUCUCUUAGCUGUGACCGUCACCGGUGCGAUUCUCUUUAUGAACCAAUACCACACGCCCGUCACAGAAUCCCCACCUGUCAUCAGCACCAAUCCUGAUGAGACUAAUGCCUUGGUGACCAUCGAGAAAGCCGACAGCUCUCGCAUCAACAUAUUCAUCGACCCAAAUUGCCCGGAUCAAGUCAAUGGCCUGACCCAUCUGGAAGGCCUCCAGUCUUCUCUCCUGAGGGCCGUGACCGACCACGAUGCGGAAACAAAGUCAUCGAAGGGGCAGGAGAGGGCCUUGUUGGUCGGCUUGGCAGAUGAGGUGUCCAAGUUACUGACUCAUGCCACUCAGUUGCGAGCCGACUGCGACAGCCUGAAGAAGGGACACAGCGUGAUGGGGCAGGAGCUAAACACCCUUCAGAACGAGCAAGGCCGCCUCAUACAGCUGCUUUCAGAGAGCCAGGCCAACAUGGCCAGACUGGUCAGCUCCGUCAGUGACAUCCUGGACGCCUUGCAGAAGGACCGCAGCGUCAUCCGGCCUCGCCUCAAGGCCGAUCUUCAGAAAGCCCCAACCAGGAGUGCCCGGCCAAAGGGAUGUGCCAACGGCUCCCGGCCCCGGGACUGUUUUGACAUCUACGCGAGUGGACAACAAGAGGACGGCGUCUAUUCAGUCUUCCCCACUCACUAUCCCGAAGGCUUCCAGGUCUACUGUGACAUGACAACAGACGGCGGAGGAUGGACGGUCUUCCAGCGGCGUGAGGAUGGCUCUGUGAAUUUUUUCCGUGGAUGGGAAGCUUAUCGGGAUGGAUUUGGGAAGCUCACCGGAGAGCACUGGCUAGGGCUGAAGCGGAUCCAUGCCUUGACCACGCAGGCCAGCUACGAGCUCCGCAUUGACCUUGAAGACUUUGACAACGGCACCGCUUAUGCCCACUAUGGAACUUUUUCUGUAGGUUUGUUCUCAGUUGACCCUGAGGAAGAUGGCUACCCAGUCAACGUGGCUGACUACUCGGGGACAGCAGGUGACUCCUUCCUGAAACACAAUGGCAUGAAAUUCACCACCAAAGACCUGGACAACGACCACUCGGAGAACAACUGUGCCGCCUUCUACCACGGAGCCUGGUGGUACCGCAACUGCCACACCUCCAACCUGAAUGGGCAGUACCUUAAGGGUCACCACAGCUCCUACGCGGAUGGGAUCGAGUGGUCCUCAUGGACGGGCUGGCAGUACUCCCUCAAGUUUACUGAAAUGAAGAUCCGACCUCUCCGAGAUGAAAAUUAA